UUUCUCAGGAUGUAUCGAGCGGCUUUUCUCUGUCUUGUGAUGACGGUUUCUGUCACCUGGGCUCGGCCUCACCUUCCUAUUCUCUCCUCAGAGAUGAUCAAUUUUAUUAACAAGGUCAACACCACUUGGACGGCUGGGCAGAACUUCCAGAAUGUAGAUGUGAGCUAUGUCAAAGGCUUGUGUGGAACGAUACUGAAUGGACCCAAACUGCCAGAGGUAGUUCACAACACUGACAACAUCAAACUCCCAGACAGCUUUGAUUCACGAAAACAGUGGCCCAAGUGUCCCACCAUCCAGCAGAUCAGAGACCAGGGCUCCUGUGGGUCCUGUUGGGCCUUUGGGGCAGCAGAGGCCAUAUCAGACAGGAUAUGUAUCCACAGCAGUGGUAAGAUAAAUGUGGAGAUCUCUGCUGAGGAUCUGCUGUCCUGCUGUGAUGAAUGUGGCAUGGGAUGUUAUGGUGGUUAUCCCACUGUUGCAUGGGAAUUCUGGGUGAAGAAAGGACUUGUCACGGGAGGCCUGUAUGACUCCAAAGUGGGCUGCCGGCCCUACACCAUCGCUCCCUGUGAGCAUCACGUAAACGGGACUCGUCCUCCUUGUCAGGGUGAACAGGACACUCCAAAGUGUGAGGAGCAGUGCAUUGACGGAUACUCACCAUCCUACCAGAAGGACAAACACUUUGGCAGACGCUCAUACAGCAUUCCAUCCCAGGAAGAGCAGAUCAUGACUGAGCUGUUCAAGAAUGGGCCUGUGGAGGCAGCCUUCUCUGUAUAUGCCGAUUUUCUGCUGUAUAAGACUGGUGUGUACCAGCAUGUGACAGGUGAGAUGCUGGGUGGUCAUGCCAUUAAGAUCCUGGGCUGGGGUGAGGAGAAUGGGACGCCCUAUUGGCUGGCUGCAAACUCAUGGAACACUGACUGGGGAGACAAAGGCUAUUUCAAGAUCAAGCGAGGAAAUGAUGAAUGUGGUAUCGAAUCAGAGAUGGUUACAGGAAUCCCACUCAACUAGAGAGAAGGGGCGCUAUCGGCCAAGAAAUAUUAAAAGGAAAGCUGCAUUGCAGAGGAAAAAUGUACACCAUAAGGAACACUACGUUUUGUGAUGAAUCGUUGUUUUAAAUGAAUGAUUAUGCUGAUCUCCAGUUUUAUUCCACAUCAUAAGUGUGGCUUCAAAAGGAAAUGUAAAGGUCAGAAAUAAAAGAAAGCAAGGAUUAUUUACAAAUGUGUGACUCUGAGGAAUUUUUAUCGACCAUGCAGUCAGGCAAGACUUCACAACAGGGCAGAAAAUAAAUGACAUCCAUUGUCAUCAAUAUGGAAAAGAGAACAUGAAGGAAACAGCUUAGACCAUUAACAUGGAAAACAUAACAAACAUGAUUAUGAAGAAUCAAAAGACACAACAAACAUCAAACACAUGACAGAAUAGCAGCUGGUACAUAUAUUAAGGCACUGUUUGGUAGAAAACCCUAUAAUUGUAUUUCUUACUAUGUCAGCUA